AUGCAUCCAAGCCGACCUUCCUCUUCGUUAUUGGCAAAUCAAGCCAACCUCUCCGUGUCGCCAGGUGCAAUGGAGAUACAAGAGGUUGUUCUUGAUGAUUUGAAUCCAGCAAGACGUCAGGAAUCACAUCCCUCAACAGGAAAAGCUAAAGUGAGAAGUUCAACAGCCUCAUCUCCGAGAUCAAAAGUGUCAUCAAAAGCUGAAUCCAUUAGAAAGAAAACAUCAGUGAAGGAAGUAGUGUCAGAAUUUGAAUCACUCCGAGCGGAAAACAAUUCUCUUAAAGACAAAUUAGAAGAACAACAAAGCGCUAUUGAAUUUUUACAAAAAGCAGCAGAACAGAGAGAAGCUUUAGUGAAGGAUUUAAAAAAAGAAGUAAGAAAGCUGCGAGUGAUAUCAAAGCAAGAAUUCGACAUGUUUGCAGAGGAAAUGAAAACGAAACAAAUGGAGGACGAAUUUAGAAUUAAGACUUUGACAAUCGAAAAAAGCAAAUUGGAAAGCGAGAUGAACAUUUAUAAAUUCUAUGAAAAAGAAAAUGCAGAAUUAAGAACAAUAGUGAAGAGUUUGCAUUCACAAUUAGAAAAGAUGGCACAGGUCAAGAACAUUGAAUCACAAACAUCAGCUGCCGAGCUGGAAAAAUGGAAAAAGCAAUUAGAGUUGGACUUCAAUGAGAAGCUAUCUGAAAUGUCGCUGCAUUUUGAUUGUUCUCAAAAGAAUGAUACUGUUUGGGAAACAAUUUUGCAAAGUGGAAUUUUCAAAGAGAUAACAGCAAAUCGCCCACCUUCAGAUAUUUCGCUCUUCUUAGACCAAGUAAUAUUAACACUCUCCCAUAACGAAAAAUUGAGAAAAGAAAAGCAAGGUCUAGAACAAGAGCUGUUGAAAAAGAAGAAACAAUUAGAGACCUGCAAAUGA